GAAGAAACCAACUAGUAAGUGUCCCCAGUUUACAACUUGCUAACAAUAUUCCCAAACUCGAAACAGACUUUACUCCAACACAAUGGCCGAGCAACUUCUCGAAGCCGACGCGAGCUGGUUCCCGUCCCUUCGGCCCAUCCUGGCCAGCAACCCCGACUUAUUGAGCAUCCUCGUCCUGGUCUGUAGAUGUUGCGACCGCGAAAUGAGGCCUCUGCACUUGGCUCUGCCUCCGGUCGUCGACCUCAAGCAGUGGGCCUACAACGGCCUAUCCGCCAUAGGGGAUGCCACCCCCCCGGACGAAAGAGAGCAGGUCGGGCUGCUGCCCACCAUCCUCCCCUGCGGGCAUAUCGUCUGCCGCAAGUGCCUCUACCAAGACAGCCAGUUCGACGAAGAAUUCCUUGACCAGAGGAUCAACACUGACACCUUCGCCGACAUCUCCGAAGAUCAGGAGGAACAGGAGAACUUCGCCCUGGCCUGCGACAUGCUGAUCCGCGAGGAGAACCUGCAGGAAGAGAUCAUCAGCCGCGACGAGGUCCUCAAUGAAUGCCUCGCCUCGGGAGCAGCAACGGUCGAAGAGUACGAGGCCAUGAAGCAGACCUGUCCCGUCGACGGCUGCCGCACCUGCAGCGGCGCCCUGAGCUACUGCCUCACCGACUGCACCUCCUGGAUGGAGGGCGUACCCUUCCCCACCACGGAGGAAGAGCUUGCCAACGUCCCCCUAACCCGGCCGGAGGGGCAGUACGUCUUCGCCAACGCCUUCGCCCUGCGCCCGACCCAUUACCCCCGGGACACCUUCGCCGUAACCUGGAUCGCGGAUAUGUGCCACCGCUGCCGCGCCGUGCGGGAGAUCGCCCGCCACAUGUACGCCUGGAACGCGACGCACCACCCCAGUGAGCGCAUCUCUAUCUGUUUCGUCACCGACCCGGGCGUGCGUGCAGAGUACGAGGAGGACCCGCGCUUCGAGACCCUCCGGGCCCUGUCGGACUGGAUGACGGAGAGUUACCAUGCCAAAGUGAGGGCGACGCCGUGGAACGUUCCUCCCGGCGGCGCUGUGCCCUGCCAUGCCCGUUUCGUGGCCCGCCAGAUUGAUAGGCCUUGCAUUUGUACCAUUGCUGACGAUACGUGGGUAGAGGGGGUGACACCUUGCGAUGUCUUCAAAGAGCACUGGAUUUGGGGUGACGCCGUGUUUGAUGGGUGGAUGACUUGCCAGAACUACGUAUCCAGGGCGAGGGAUAUGGGACUCGUUCCCUGAGGACUGAACUGAGUGAGAACCGAGUGAGAGUCUCUCAAAUUUGUGCCAAGCACGAUGACCGAGGUAAGUUCCUUCUGUUAUGAUUGCACUACUGACGGAUAAGAAGAUUUGGUCACCAACCCAAGGUACAUUCGAUGUCUGAGAAGAGAGAAGUUACGGAUACAUGUAAGGUAAGUCAAGGUACGGAAGGCAGGCAGGCAGGUUAGGUAAGUACCUUAAACGUGAGAAGAGAGAAAGAGCCACUGGAAAGGAAUAAUUAACAUACA